GGACGGACCCGUGGGCGUUGCGAAUAGCUCAUAUAUAAAGCUCUGACAGUGGCUAAAACUUCUCAUUGCUGAUUAAACAUGCUGCGUCUAACGAUUUGGCUGCUCAUCUGCGCCGCUGUGGCGCUGGCCCAGAACGACGGCCGCUAUCGUCCUGCCCCCAGGCCGAUCUCUGCCCUGAGCACCCGAGUUGCUGCCAACGCUGGUCGCUAUCGGGGCGGCAACGAUGGCCGCUAUGUGCCAGGCGACGAUGGCAAAUAUCGCGGCGGCAACGAUGGACGCUAUGGCGGCAACAACGACGGACGCUAUGUGCACGUGGACAACAAGUACCAGCACGACAAUCGUCCUGGAGGCGACUACACCGGCGGCAAUGAUCCUUACCGCGGUGGCAAGGACAAGUUUGGUGCUGGCGGUGGUGCUGGUCGCGGUGGUGGAGGUGGUGGUGGUGGCGGUGCAGCCAACGCAGCGAAUGGAGCUAAUGCCAACGGCAGAGCUGGUGCUGGUGCUGGAGCCGGUGCUGGUGCGGGUGUUGCGAAGAAACCCUCGCUGCCACGCCCCGUGCCCGUUGUGGACCAGCGCCCCAAUCUGCCACAAGGACGCGGCACUGGCGUUGGCAAGAACGGCUGGCUGAUUCUGCGCCAAGAUGGCGCCGUGGAUACCGAUGGCUACAACUAUCUCUACGAGACUGAGAACGGCAUUCUCGGUGAAGAGAGCGGACGCAUCGAGAAGCAAACGGAGGGCGAUGCUCUACGCUCCAAGGGCUACUACGAGUACACAGGCGACGACGGCCUGCUCUACCGCGUCGACUACGUGGCCGAUGAGAACGGAUUUGUGCCCGCCGGCGAACAUAUUCCCAAAGUACCAGAGCACAUACCCAGGCUCUUGGCCUAUCUGAAGGCUCAAGGCGCCUUGUAAAAAAUAUUAAAUAUAUUCAUUUGUUCGUGUUGUUUCGGUUAUCAGAAAAUAAAAGAAUAUUUCGAA